GGUAAAAGACGGUGUAAAACGCGGUACUAGGAGAUUUAUGCACUAGGUGGAAAUAAAAGGAUGCCAUGGCUAGUUUUGGUGUGAGAUGCAUCCUUUUUUCGGUAAUGGUUAUAAGGGGUGUACACCCCGUGUGUGGAUGUGUGUGAGACGGGCGUGUAACUACGGCAACCGCUAACACGCGCGCGCGUCGGUGAAGCCUUUUUUGUGAGUGUGGAGCAGCGAACAAGAAAAUGGGUAAAAAAAAGGAUCGCUCUAAAGCCGCGCUUGCUUCGAUAUGGUCGGUUUUAAUUUUGUGCCCGCACUGCCAACGUCGACAGUCAGUUUUCUACACGGCCUGCCAGCUAAAGCAAGGUGGGCUGUAGCAAGGAUAUAUCGAAGGAAUCGCUUUUCAAAGCGAACAAAACGAAAGCAGAGUAAAGCGUAAAGCAGAGGGUAGAGAUAAACAGAAAAGAAAAGAAGACAAAACAAGCAAGGAUAUUAUUCGUGUGAAGAUAGCAGCCAAAAGGAAAAAAAGGAAAACUACUCUAUGUGUGAAAGUGUGUGUGUGUGUGUGUGCUUAGUAACGAAACAAAACGUAACCCGAAAACGGAAAAGGAAACAAACAGCUAACCAAAUUGCCUAACGGUGCAUAUGUGUGCGAGCGAGUAUGAUCGUUGUGUGAGUGGAAAUGUAUUCCUUCGUUUUUUUUUAGCGGCAAACGUUUUCCUUUCCUCACGGAACACAUAUUCGUGUGGUUUUGUGGAUUUGGAAGCUAAUAAAAAUACAAACUAGUGCUGUUAAAGUAAUGAAUUUUCAAUACUUUCAAUAGUGUGCAUCCGUUUUGCCUACAUGCAAGGCGCAUCGGAAAACCGGUCGGAAAAUGUGACGUGAAUCAUCGUCAAGCCGCAACGGGGCGAUGCGCGCGUACGCAAAUACACAACGCGAGCAGGAAAAAUAGUUUACAUGUGAAUUUGUGCGUGUGUUUUGGGCUUGAAAAUGAAAAUGUUCAUACUUUUAUUUUUUUACAACUAUUCACUCAGUGGCGUCAAGUGUUUUUCUUUUAUUUUUUGUUAAUUUAAUUUUUUUUUAUUUACGGUGUGUAAUGUGUUUGAAUAUUGUAUUUAAAUUUAUAUCUUCACCUUUUUUUACAGUGAAAAUCAGUACGAACGUAGUGAAUAACAACAAAAACGUAUUAAAACGGUGUGUGUAAAAGAAAGAUACUAAAAAGUGCUCAUAAACAUCAAAGUACUAUAAGAAAGUGUAAAGAAAGUUUAGAAGGAUCUUAUAAAUAAAUUUCAACCAAUAACAAGGAACUGAAACUCCAGUACUGAACUGAGAUCCGACCCGACAAAGCUUCCCGCGACAGCUUGAUGAGCCGGCCAGUGAAGAACCUUUCAACAGCACAUCCAACUCUACCGUAGUGGAACGCGCGAAGGGAAAGCUGUACGUCUAUUUAUUGUCCCCGGGAAUUCUGGUACCGAAGUGUGAAUCCGGGAGAUUCUAGCGAGACACGAGCAUAUAAGGGGUGUAGCUGGGGGUGGAAACGACCAAGUGCUUUUAACGCUUGUCUACUAUAAACUAACCGAAACAAACGGUUUGCCGAGCGCGAAAUGGGUGAAACCGAUGAAAAGGAAACCGCACCGGCGGCAAAUACAAACGAUACGCAAAAACCGGAAACGCCGCAACCCAACGCGGACGGUCCAGAGGUAGAGGCAAAGGAGACGGAAAAGCUACUUGGAACCGAGGUGGAGGAAAAGCGUCCCCCCGUAACACCGACUGGUGACGAUAAGCCACAAACGAAGGCAAGCAGUGAAAAUGUAGCCAACGGGGAGGAAAUCAUCAACAUACCGGAGGAAGCGGUCACUGGUGGUGGUGGUGAUGUGACGGCGGAGAAUGGAAAGAAGGACACGGCGGACGAAACGGGCAAGACGGACAAACCGAAUAAGGUGCAGGCGGAAGAGCGCGAAGUAAAACCCAAGAAAGUUCCGGCCGGUGCCUUCAAGCUGCCUGGCUUCUUCAACAAGAACAAGGAAAAACCGAAGGAAGCGGACGGUGCGGACAAUGAGCUGCUGGAGAAGAACGGUGGCGAGAAUGGUGGUGGUGAUGGUAAGGAUGCGGCCACUAAGACAGCUGAUGAGGGUAAACCGGGUGCAGAUGAUAAACCGAAACGUGCCGGUGGAUUCUUUGCCAAUCUGAAGCUACGGAACCCAUUCGCCAAAAAGGCGGCUACUCCGGAGGGAACUGGUGAGGCGGCGGACAAAGCGACCGAAGAGGAGGAGAAAGAUGAGGUGACGGCAGAGGCAACGGAUAAAGCGAGUGCCGGCGCAGAAGAAGCCGGUGGUGACGGUAUGGAAGAGAAGAAACCGGUAGAAGAGGAAGCGGAAGUGCAGGCACCAAGGAAAGGAUUGCUGGAGGCGCUCCGUGUCCCACUGGCAAGCAUCAUCCCGAAGCGAUUCAAACCAGUGGCAAGUGGUGAUCCGGAAGAUGAUAUUGAGCUAGGCAAGACGCCUAAAAAUCGGGCUGGGCUUGCCUCGAUGGAGACGCUGGACGAUUCGCUGAAGGAUGCAGACACGAAGGAUGCGGUCGAUAAGCCCGGAGUGAAUGGAACGGAUGGCGAAGCGUUGGUGAAGCCGGAGGAUAAGGAGGCGAAGGAUAAGGCUGCCGAAGCGGAAGAAGACGCACAGGAGCGUAGUUUGCUGCAGCGGGUGCAAUCUUAUCGGUGCUCAGUUGAUGACAUCGCGAUCAUUGCAGGUGUGGUGAUCUUCCUGAUCCUGGUGGCACUGAUCAUCGCUUUUACGUUCGUUGGCAAGAGUGAACCCAUCACCGCGCCGGUACGCGACGGAAAGUACAUCGAGACGGUAACGAAUUGUGGACGAGUCGAAGGUAUUCUUGAGGAUGGUUCUUUCGCCUUCCGCGGUAUCCCGUACGCAGUGCCACCGGUUGGUCCGAAUCGCUGGAAGGCAGCUCAACCGAUCGAAAGUAUUGAACAUUGCUGGAACGGUACGCUAAAGGCACAUAACUCCACGCCCGUCUGCUGGCAGAUCUACGCCGACGGUAAGGUAGAUGGUGCCGAGGACUGUCUCACACUGGACGUCAUCACUCCGCACGUGCGCUACGACAAUCCACUGCCAGUGGUCGUACUGGUCGGUGCCGAAUCAUUCACCGGCGAUUCGCCGGGCAAGUUGCGUCCAUCCACGCGUUAUGCUCGUGCCCGUGAUGUGAUCUUCGUACGACCAAACUUCCGGCUGAAUGUGUUCGGAUUCCUGGCGCUGGAGCAGCUAACCAAGAGUGCACACCCACCGACCUCCGGUAACUACGGAUUGACCGAUCUGAUUGUCGCGCUGAAGUGGAUUCAGCUGAAUAUCCCGCACUUCGGUGGUGAUCCAAAGUCGGUAACGCUGUUUGGACAUCGUGCCGGUGGUACCAUUGUGACGGCACUCGCAUCAUCCAACAAGACGACGAAACUGUUCGCCCGCGCCUGGGUAUCGUCCGGUGCGUCCAUCUUCCCGGGCAAACCGCUGGCCGACUCGGAGAAAGAGAACGCACUGUACAUGAGUAAGAUUCGCUGUGAGGACACCAACUGUCUGAUGGAGAAGGAAGACGAAGAUAUCCUGGACGCGGUACCCGAUGUGUGGCGCCGUACCUUCCCCGAUCUGCCGGCAGCGGACGAAAAUGCUACAGCCCGACAUGAGUGGCUGGUGCUGGAUGGGAACAUUAUGCAGCAGCAUCCGGCCGACGUGUGGAGUGCGGACGUAUCCAACAAUGUACGGUACGUGAUCGGUUCGACUACGCACGAAGCGCACAACACCAAGCUACACCUGAAGUACACCGAGUGGACUCCGGAACUGGUAACACGCCACGUGAACGAAAGCAUUGUCGGUAAGCUUGGCCUUACGGAGGAGGCACUCCGUCGGUACAACACCACGUAUCAGGGGCUGGUAGCGAUGGUAUCGGAUAUUCGUACGAUCUGUCCGCUACUGACGAUCAAGCAGAAGCUUCAAAGCUCUCAGUUCUACGUCGUGUCACAGACGGGCGGUGAGCUGGGCAUUGCCGAUGUCGAUUCGGACGUGCAGGCUAUCUUGGGACGUUACGAACCGAAAACGCCCGAACAGCGGCGAUACGUUUCCGCUAUCCAGCAGCUGUUCUACCACUACGUGUCGCACGGUGAAAUCAAGCACGAGCUGCGGAAAAAGCUGCUCGACAUUGGCCAGGAUGCGCUGCCGACGUACAACGACGAGAACUGCCUGUUCUGGAUCAAGAAUGAUGUUGUGCCGCGUUACGCACGGUUAGAUUAAGAGAUGCCAGCGCGGGGAAGCGAGCUAACCAAAUAUUCAACGACAGCGCGUGGACGAGACAGUGAACAAUUGGGUUUGGAAGGAAGACACGGAAACAGUUCUUAUAGCGGUUAAGAAAUUGCGGAUAUUAUGAACCCUACAAUCUUUAAGACACGACCAGUUAUACACUAUAUACAGUUAUACAAGUAUAUAAUCGUAGUCGAGGCGCCAGUAUUCAAGAUGUAAAAAAAAAGAACGCGGGAACAACACACAGCCGUACACAACUGACUUGCCAAAAACAAAAAAAAACCCUUUGAAACGUAACAGCACUCCCCGAUCCGAUAGCUCAAAAAACGAAACAAAAAGGGAAGCUCUUAAGGGCUUUGUGGAUAAAAAGGCAAGGAUGUUUCCUUGUUUUUCCUCCCCGUAUACACCGUAGCAUGCCAUUUUUCGAACCAUGUUUUAAAGUAGCGCUUUUUAGCAGUGACGGUAGUCCAGUUUUAUUGUCGCGUUUGAGACGGUGGAAAGGGUGAAUUUUGAUAAAAAACAAUUUUUCCAUUUCGACAUUUGUGUUGUACUUGGAUAAAAACAAGUGGGGGAGUGAACUUAUGAACUAGUAAUAGCUGUAGUGUUCAAACAGUGACAGUAUUCUAAAUGUGGCGUGCGAUCAUCUGUUCAAAUCUGCCAUCCCAUCAGCUUUCAUCCUAAACGCCGCCGCACUCUCUCUCUUUCUCUUCAUCAGUAGUAUCAUCAGUAUGAUCGCGUGAUUGAUGCAGGCAGAAGAUUUCAAAACAAACGUGGUACAGAUUUUUUUUUCGAUAUACCGCGCAUUGUUAUAUUCGUAUUCGGUAGGCAUAAGAGCAUCGCUUCUGUGUAAUAAGAAUGGUUUACAGAGCUUCUCAGCUGGAGCUAUAUAGCCCGGAGGAAGUUUGACAAAGCAUGGUGAACUCUUCUAGCUUGAUUAUAAUUUAUUUUGUUCAGCAAUUAUGGUAGAAACUAACCUCUCUAGAGAGAAGUAGAGAGAACUAGAAAUAAAUCGUUUUUUUCCGCUCGCUAGCUUCAAAUUUGCUUAACAGUAAUUAAACUUUUACACAAAACCGGUGGGUAAAUAAAGGCUGUUUUGUACUACUUUUAAAGCGAAGAUAAAUUUACAAAAAAAGAGCAAACAGUUCAUCGUAGUGAAGAUGAAGAACAAACUAGACGACAAAGUAAAGUAUCUCAAUUUUUUUUAAAUCAUACACAACCAACCUUAUAAGCAGCAUACAUUCUAGAAUUGAAGUAAGAGAACACACAACAAGACGGUCGGCUGUAGGAAAAAAUGUGAGAGAAGUGAAGAGGAAACUACAAAGACGAGGUGUAAGACGGUUAACUAACUAAACAGUAGUAUGAUAAUACAACAAAAAAACCGCUAGUGAAAGCAUAUGAUAUACAUAUAGAGAGUGCAAAGUGUACACUACCGAAGUAAAGCCGAAAGAGAGGAAACAUUAGAGACGAUUUGUACGAUCGUGCAGGAUCAGCAGGAUAUGCGCACGAUCGCCGGAUGUGAUUAGAUAACUAGGGAAAGGAAACAAAAUACAGACGAAAGACGAUGGUGGUGUGUAGUGAAGGUAAUUUUAGCUAAAAUAUAACUAAAAAAACCAACUCACCCAUAAAGCAUAGUGCAGGCGAACCGCAUCCUACGUGUAUUUGUUGUAAUUUAUAAUCUAUUUGGUAGUUUUUAAUUACGAUAUAUGUACUAUUUUACGAACCCCUUCAUGAUGCUACCCUUUCCUUUUAAGGUUCCGAUUACGUUUUUUUUUUGUUCCGAUUAGUGUGCAACCUGCCUUCUCCCCCCCAAAAACUGUCUAUCCUUCUAUGGCUUGCGUGUAUGUUUAUGCUAUGUAACUAUUCUUUUACAUUUUAUUUUUUUUUUAAAUUUUCGUCCAUUUCUAACUCUAAUAUCCCGUAAUGUUCCAUUACAGAGCGAUAGAAGAAGAAAGGCAAAACGUUUGACAGUGUCUCGAGUCAGAUGUUACUUGUAAUAAGUGUUGCACUAGGAACCUAGAUACUAACUAUCCUUGCGUUCUCACGGCAGAUCGUUCGCAAUAAAUCAGUCGCAAAUCCACAAUACUCAACCACAAUGAUCCUUCUUUGCAUUUACUUUGAGUCAGUCGCCCCCCGGGGGAAGAAUAAAACAAUUAAUAAACGAUCGUUUCCAUUCGUACUCAAUGGCUCAUACCGCUCGAUGGAAGUGUAAUGUUUUCUUGUGUGGAAAGUGUUUCACAAAACAACCAAUUUACAUUUACAACUAAAACUUUUUGUUCACAUUUCAUACCGAUAGCAGCAUAAUGAGGUAUACAGUUUAUGCGCGUAUAAUCUGAGCGUACAAAAGCGAUUGCGAUUGCAGUAUAGAAUAAAAAUGGUGAGAAAACAUGAAAGAGCAUGAACGAAAGCAUAAGCGCAAGAUAGGAGAAAUAGGAGAGCGAAGAAAGCGAUGCAAUGUGUAAAGUCUUAGAGCAUGCUACUAAAACAAAUGAAAUGAAGUAAAAAUAUACACCCUUGUUUGGAAAGUA